AUGGCUGAGGCUGCCGCCACUUUUGGCGAGCAUGAGGUCACCACUCCCUUCAACUUUCCAACAGAAGAAGAAAAGGUCAUUCGAUAUUGGCGUGCUAUCGACGCUUUCAAGACUUCGCUAGAACAGAGUAAAGACAGGAAACCAUUUAGCUUCUACGAUGGCCCUCCCUUUGCUACCGGUCUUCCACACUACGGCCAUCUCCUCGCCGGUACGGUCAAGGACAUUGUCACAAGACACGCACACUCCACUGGUCACUACGUAGACCGUCGCUUCGGUUGGGAUUGCCACGGCCUUCCAGUCGAACACGAGAUCGACAAGAAGCUUGGCAUCAAGGGAAAGGAGGACGUCAUGGCUAUGGGUGUCGACAAGUACAACGCAGAGUGCAGAGCUAUCGUCAUGACCUAUCAGAACGAGUGGAGAGAUACUGUCGAGCGCAUGGGUCGAUGGAUCGACUUUGACAACGGAUACAAGACUAUGGACCUUAACUUCAUGGAGUCUGUAUGGUGGGUCUUCAAGACUCUUCACGACAAGGGUCUCGUCUAUCAGGGUAUCCGUGUCAUGCCUUACUCCACUGCCUGCACCACUCCUCUCUCCAACUUCGAGGCUGGUCUCGACUACCGCGAGGUGCAGGACCCUGCCGUUACCGUCAGCUUCCCUCUCGUAGAAGAUCCCAAGACCGCCUUUCUCGCUUGGACUACCACCCCUUGGACCCUCCCCUCCAACUUGGGUCUUUGCGUUCAUCCUGACUUCAACUACAUCAAGAUUCACGAUGACGAGCGCGACAUGAACUUUAUCAUUCACGAGGACCUUCUCGCCACCCUCUACAAGGACCCAAAGAAGGCCAAGUUCCAGAAGCUUGAGACCUACAAGGGCAAAGACCUUGUCGGCAAGCAGUACGAGCCCAUCUUUCCCUUCUUCCAGGAUCGUUUCAAGCACCGUGCUUUCCGUGUUCUCUCCGACACUUACGUCACCUCGGAUGCCGGUACCGGUAUCGUUCACCAGGCUCCUGCCUUUGGUGACGACGAUCACCGCGUUGCUAUUGCCCACGGUGUCAUCACCCGUGACGAGACCCCUCCUAACCCUGUCGAUGGCUCCGGCCGAUACACUGACGAGGUGCCUGACUAUGCUGGUGUUCAUGUCAAGGAGGCUGACAAAGCCAUUCAGAAGGAUCUCAAGGCGCGUGGCCGUCUCAUUGUACAGGCUACCUUGAGCCAUCAGUACCCCUUCUGCUGGCGAUCAGGUACCCCUCUCAUCUACAAGGCUAUCCCUUCAUGGUUCGUCCGCGUCGAGCCUGUCAUUGAGAAGCUCGUCAAGAACAACCAAGCUACCCGCUGGGUGCCCGCCAACAUCGGUGAGGGUCGAUUCGGCAACUGGAUUGCAAACGCUCGUGACUGGAAUAUUAGCCGAAACCGAUACUGGGGCACUCCCAUCCCGCUUUGGGCGAGCGAAGACAUGGAGGAGAUCGUCUGCGUUGGAUCGGUCGAGGAGCUUGAGAAACUCUCGGGCGUCAAUGGCAUCACCGACUUGCACAAGGACAAGAUCGACCAUAUCACCAUCCCCUCGCAAAAGGGCAAGGGUCAGCUCAAGCGUGUUGAGGAGGUCUUUGACUGCUGGUUCGAGUCGGGAUCCAUGCCUUACGCCCAGGCUCACUACCCCUUCGAGAAUAAGGAGAAAUUCGAAAAGUCAUUCCCUGCCGACUUCAUCUCGGAAGGUCUUGACCAGACCCGUGGUUGGUUCUACACCCUCCUCAUCUUGGCCACACACCUUUUCGACAAAGCGCCAUGGAAAAACCUCAUCGUCAGCGGUCUUGUGCUCGCUGCCGACGGCAAGAAGAUGAGCAAGUCGCUCCGCAACUACCCGGAUCCCAACUUGCUCAUCAAUCAGUACGGUGCUGACGCCAUUCGACUCUACCUCAUCAACUCGCCAGUCGUGCGUGCCGAGAACCUCCGCUUCAAGGAGGAAGGUGUCAAGGAGGUCGUCUCAUCUACCUUCUUGCCCUGGCUCAACUCGUUCCGCUUCUUUCUCGGCUCUGUCAGUCUGUUCGAGAAGGACAAUGGCGUCAAGUUUGUCCACGAGAACAAGGCUCAAUCUUCGUCCAACGUCAUGGAUCGAUGGAUCCUGGCGCGAUGCCAGUCGCUCAUCAAGCUCAUCAGCGAAGAGAUGGCUGCCUACAGGCUCUACACUGUCGUACCACGCUUGGGAGAGCUCAUUGACGAGCUUACCAACUGGUACAUUCGAUUUAAUCGUCGUCGCUUGAAGGGUGAGAACGGUGUUCAAGACACCAAGGCUGCGCUCAACUCUUUGUUCGAGACGCUCUUCACCCUUUGCCGCACUUUGUCUUCCUUCACACCCUUCUUGACCGAGAACCUCUACCAGGGUCUGCGCAAGUUCUUGCCCGAACAGGCUGCCGACGACAAGGAGGACUAUGGCAGUGUUCACUUCCUUUCGUUCCCCGAGGUUAACGAGUCAUACUUUGACCCUGUCAUCCAGCGUCAGUUUAAGGCAUUGCAGUCGGUUGUCGAAUUGGGUCGUGUCAUCCGUGUCAACCACAACCUUCCCAUCCGUGUACCUCUCAAGGAGCUGGUCGUCUUCCACACCGACAAGGAGUACCUUCAGGAUGUUGAAUCGCUCUCGGACUACAUCAAGGAGGAGCUCAACGUGCGUGACCUCGUUCUCUCCUCGGACGAGGCCAAGUGCGGUGUUCGCUUCAAGCUGUUUGCCGACUGGCCCGUUCUCGGUCGCAAGCUCCGCAAAGAUGUCGGUAAGGUGCGCAAGGGACUUGAGAGCGUCACCUCAGCUGACGCCAAGACGUACAGGGAGACCGGUAAGCUUAACGUUGCUGGUGUCGACCUUGUUGAGGGUGACCUGCGUGUCAUUCGAUACGUCGAGACAAAAGAGAUCGAGGGCAGCUUCGAGUCCAACACAGACGGCAACGUGGUCGUGUUGCUUGAUAUUCAGCCACGACCCGAGUUGCAGAUGGAGGGUACAGCACGUGAGGUGGUGAACCGUAUCCAGCGUCUGCGUAAGAAGGCUGGAUUGGUGGCGACCGACGAGGUUGAUGCCUUCUACUCGUUCGAGAAGGGCCUGGGUGAGGCACUUGCUGAGGCUAUCGAGAGUCAGCAGGAGACAUUCAUGAAGGCGCUUAGGAGGAAACCUUUGCCAGAGGCCCAGAAGAAGGCGGACGCCAAGGUUAUCUUGCAAGAGGAGCAGGAAGUCGGCGAGGACAAGUUCUUGUUGACACUUGCUUGGGCUUAG